CUUCUGGAAAAACCAAUUUUGUCAGAAGCAAUCUCUCAAAACCAUGUAAAUAUUAGCCAUGUAUUAAGUUGGUUCAUUUAUGCACUUGCUUUGAUUUUUCCCUGUGACCUUUAACUUGAAUAGCAGAGCAUUUAAAGAUAUAAUAAGUUGGUGCUAUGGCGGACUCCUCAGCUGACCUAAGAGCUAACAAUCUGAAUGCUGUGUCUGUGCCUGAUCCUAAAAAUGUGCAGGACCUCUCACAAUAUGUUGCAGUGCUGCUUCAGCAGAUGCAGGAUCGAUUCCAGAUCAUGUCCGACCAGAUCAUCCAUAGAAUAGACGAGAUGGGUAACCGGAUCGACGACCUCGAGAAGAACAUCAGCGACAUGAUGGCACACGCAGGCUCUGACGACUCCACCGGCGAGAAGUGAACUGCCCCGUGGGACUCGGCUCAACUCUUGCUGUUGACUUGGCCGCCGCCCUGUGACUACAUCCCUUUCAUGUUUCAUUCAUGCUCAUGCAAUUGCUUGGUGGCUAAAUUGAAUUCAUAACUCAUUCUUGCUCGCGCAGUUGCUGGCAUAUAGAUUCCUCUCAAACUCAUCGAGCUUGUUUUAUUCAAAUGCCACUCGUACCCAUCUGACAGAAUGAAACAAAAUUAUAUUCACUAUCUUUAAUUUUCUCUAUUUUGCUCAUCACAAUAAAAUGGAAAUAUCAACUGAUUGUGCUCGAAUGUAGUGAUUUAAGAGUGCGGCAUGUUGGUGAACCAGCAUAAUCUUGUACGAAAGGAAAGCUUAUGUGUAGAUGCUGGAUUUGAACCGCAGCAGAUGGCAUAUUAUAAUUAGAGAUAAUAUACGAGAGAAAGGUUAUGCAAGACGUGUUUGUAAACGUGUUGCUUAGGUAGGCCGUGUUUUCGUAUUGCGACCUGAAACUAAUGUGGAAUUUGCAAUAGCAAUUUUUGAAUUAGAACGCUCCUACAACCUGGCUGGAGCUGUUGGUGGCAGUGAUCCACAGUUUGAAUCUUCGCGUCGUCCACCUUCUUGCCUGGAGUGGUAAUGUCUGAGAGCUUUGCUGUAGGACUCGUUUUCAGAGGCUUGCUAGGAGGCAACCCCACCUGAACCUCACAUUCUUGGCUGCAUACAAGCUGCUCUCGAGUUAUGGUCUAUGUCUAUCACUUGCUCCUAUUGCUGUGUAUCUUGAUGGAAAUUAGAUGUUCCAAUUGCAACAUUCACUCCGACGCUGCUCAGCCCCGGAUGUCUCGUUACAUAAAUGAACUUCGCGAGAUCGAAGGUUUUCUUAUUCAUUGCUGCAGCAGCAUACUUCAUUCAUCAAUGCAUCGUAUAUUAAUACUAUCAUUCAAUUGUGGUGUAGAUUCCUCCGUGUCGUCAUAUGCUUGUGUAAGCCUUCGUUCCUAUAAUUUCUAAGCUUAGAUAUCCUCUCAAGUUUUUUGUGGCGACCAUCGCGACCAGCCAGCGCCAUCACUCCAUCAAACGGCCAUCACUCGCCCGUCAUCACACCUUCAAAUGGCCAUCACUCGCCCGUCAUCACACCUUCAAAUGGUCAUCACUCGCACGUCAUCACACCUUCAAAUGGCCAUUACUCGCACGUCAUCACACCUUCAAAUGGCCAUCACUCGCACGUCAUCACACCUUCAAAUGGCCAUCACUCGCCCGUCAUCACACCUUCAAAUGGCCAUCACUCGCACGUCAUCACACCUUCAAAUGGCCAUCACUCGACCGUCAUCAGUCCAUCAAACGGCCAUCUCUCCAUCAAAAACGGCCAUCACUCCAUCACAUCAAAAACUAAAUUCUCAACCUAUGUUUCUUCCUUACCUCGUAUCUCAUUCCUGUACGCGAGCCCCUCACCAAUUUAUUCCAGCAAUUUUUGUGCUGCCCGAGGUACGGCGCGUGCCGAUGACUUUAACUAACGUAACAAUAUUUGUGCUAUUCGUCUGUGUUGUGGAAGCUUUUGUUUAUAUUUCUAUAAAAAACUUCAUUGCGAGUCAUGUUCUAAUCGUUCACAUGAAGCAAAGGGUAUAUGAAGUGUAUUAAUUCAGUGUGUUUCAUAUAGGUAAUUUUAUUUUUGCCCUCCAACGAACGUCUUCAUCCCAGUAAAAAUCAUUCUGUG